AACUCAAAACGGAUCUUCUCUACUGUGCAUCCGUGCAGUCUGUCAGGCAUACAUUCUGCAGAAGUAAUCUCUCUGUUUAAACGCAAUCAUGCCGAUGUUCGUGGUGAACACCAAUGUUGCAAGAAGUUCUGUUCCAGAAGCUCUCUUGACAGAAGCUACUAACGAACUGUCCAAAGCAAUGGGGAAACCUGCACAGUAUAUCGCUGUACACAUUAACGCGGAUCAGAUGAUGAUGUUCGGUGGGAAGUCGGAUCCGUGCGCCCUGUGCUCCUUGAUCAGCAUCGGUAAAAUCGGAGGCGCUCAGAACAAACAGUACUCCCAGUUACUGUGCGGCAUGCUCAACAAACACCUGGGCAUCUCUCCUGACAGGAUCUACAUCAACUUUACUGACAUGAAAGGGGAGAAUGUGGCGUAUAACAACUCCACUUUUGGCUGAGAUUGAACGCUUCAUCUUGAAGAGGAAUAGCACAGUCGUCCACAGCAGACAUCAUGAACAAAUCAACAAGGCACUUUAGAUUCCAUUGAGAAAUUUCGUAAAAUGUAGUGUAUGCCAAUAAUAAAUGAAACAAAAAAAAUCAAAG